ACAUGCGGAAAGUCAAGAAAAAAGAAAAGAAUGGUAAAUCAGUCGCCCCGUCCAUAAGAAAACGCUGAUUAAACUACUUGAGAAGAAAGCGAGAUUUGGAUACUCAUACUCCGGCUAUGUCGAUUCAUCUCCAGGCCCACGCUUUCGCCGGAAACCCUCUUAGAUCGAACAAGCUCGUGCAAUCACCUAAUUCCGCACUUGAGAAGUUAAAGUCGCUCCUUUUGCGAGGGUCUGAGGAGGAUUCGACGCUAGAGGUGAAGAUCCUGGCCUUCAGGAAGGGACGGCCUCUGGCGCAGUCGUUGGAUCCGGUCGGAGAUUCGCCGCCGGUUUGGCAUCUGAGUUGGAUCUCUCCGUCGCAGUUUAAGGAGGUGUCAGUGGAUUCCUUUGUCUACCUGGGUUCGGGGGAAGGGGAAGAUGAGGCGUAUUGGGCGGUGGAGGUCGCCGACACCGCUACUUAUCGGUUGGGUGGCGGGAGCGAUGGUUUUUGCUUCGUGGAACUGAGGACGCUCAUGGUUGCCACCGAUUGGGCUGACACUGGUGCCAUGGGGGAACUGUCGAUUGCUGGGCAUGCCCGGGCUUUGCUGGAUUGGCAUAGAACUUCUCGAUUCUGUGGCCAUUGUGGAUCCAUCACAGUUCCCAUAGAUGCUGGAAGGCGUAAGCAAUGCUCAGAUGAAUCAUGCAAGAAGAAAAUAUAUCCUCGAGUUGAUCCCGUAGUUAUCAUGCUAGUAAUUGAUAAGGAAAAUGAUCGUGCACUUUUGAGCCGCCAGUCAAGAUUUGUUCCUCGUAUGUGGAGCUGCCUUGCUGGCUUUAUAGAGCCAGGAGAAAGCUUAGAAGAAGCUGUGCGAAGAGAAACAUGGGAGGAAACUGGCAUUGAAGUUGGGCAAGUUGUCUAUCACAGUUCACAGCCAUGGCCUGUUGGACCAAGCAGCAUGCCAUGCCAAUUGAUGGUUGGAUUCUUUGCAUAUGCAAAGUCAUUUGAAAUUCGUGUGGACAAAGCAGAAUUAGAAGAUGCUCAAUGGCAUGACAGGGAGGAUGUGAAGAGGGCAUUAAUAGCUGCCGAUUACAAGAAAGCUCAGAGAACGGCGGCCAUCAGGGUGAAUGAGAUGUGUAAAGGAGUUGAGAAAGGCCAAAGUUUAUCUGCAGACUUCAAAGUAGAGAGUGAUAAAUUCUCUCCCAUGUUUAUUCCUGGACCAUUUGCCAUUGCUCACCAUUUGAUAUCAUCCUGGGCUCAUGAUGAACCUGCACCUACAGAGCUUGGAGUAAAUCAAAGACAACCGAGUUCUUCUGUGUCCAACUUGUGAAACUCCUUCCAAAUUACUUGGCUUCUACUUUGAAUUAAGAUUUAUAUAACAUGAAAUGAGAUUAGUACUAUAUUGGUAUUGAAUUUUACUGUA